AACGGCAGCUCAAAACUUCUUCCUGAGUCUUCUGAGAGGUGACUCAGGUGCGACGCAUGUUGCGUUAGGGUGGGUGUUUCUUUUUAAUAAGGACGACGUGGAGGGACCAAACUCCACUUUUAGACCGCACGAAAGGAAGCCAACGAUACUUUUGAAGGAAAUACAGCAUUCGAACCUACACAGGAACUCCUUCCAGUCACCAUGCCAACAGCUGAACUUAUCGUCACACAGCCUCAGUGUGGCACCGCUCUUUCUACAGAGGCCUCCACUGUGACCCCUCAACAUGUCCCCCGCGCACCCAACAUGUGCCCCCGAUGCGGCCUGGAGCUCCCCAAUGACAUUCCCGGAGGUCCCUGUCUGUCUGCGCAGAGUAGCAAACAACAUGCUGCUACAAACUCUGACCGGUGUGCUCACCUGCUGCUGGCCUGCCUGUCCUGCCAGUGCUCCGCUCUGCUGCCGGAUUCCUGCUCGCUCGCCCUCUGCUCGCCUUGCUGCCGCACCUGCGCUCGCUGCUGCGCCGUCGUUCGCGGGGCGCCCGUGGAGGAACUCAACUGCAGCGCCCACUGCCACGCCGUCCUCGUCCAGUCCUGCUGCGAGCCGACACAGUGUCUUGAGUUUUGUCUGGAGUGCUGCCAGAUAUGUCACCGGAAUUAGAUGAUGUACUGUUUGUCGGCCAUUUUUAAAGAAGUACCAGAGAGAUGUAGCUUUAAUGCUAAUGGAGUGUGUCUCUUUUUACAUAUACACUUGUCCAACAUCAUGUACAUACAACAAUUGGGAACAUUCGCAUAGCUAUGUUAGCUACAUGCCCACAUUACAUUUUAACAUCAACGUCAUGCUAGGUUAGCUUUUUUGAUGAUUAAAAAUGAUGAUCCAACUUACAGUUCCCACAUCUGUAGUUGACAGAUGGUUCGUUGGCAGAGCUCUGUGACUUCAUUUAAGGACGUGCAGUGAAGCCUUUUUUUUUUUUUUUUGCUGUCCUCUCUAAAGUAUUGGUCCUACUCAUCUACUAGGGAUGCGUCAAGAUGCGGCAUUCUGUCUAUUGAAUGACACUCCAGGCUUUGUUUUAAAGGGGAACAUUAUCACCAGACCUAUUUAAGCGUCAAUAUAUACCUUGAUGUUGCAGAAAAAAGACGAUAUAUUUUUUUAACCAAUUUGCGAACUCUAAAUAGGUGAAUUUUGGCGAAUUAAACGCCUUUCUAUUAUUCGCUAACGUGACGUCACCUAGGUAGUCAAUCCGCCAUUUUCUCAAACACAUUAUAAACAUAGAGUCAAAUCAGCUCAGUUAUUUUCCGUUUUUUCGACUGUUUUCCGUACCUUGGAGACAUCAUGCCUCGUUGGUGUGUUGUCGGAGGGUGUAACAACACGAUCAGGGACGGAUUCAAGUUGAUUUACGUAGAGUGUGCAUUGAUUAGCACGGCAUGCUAAUCGAUGCUAACAUGCUAUUUAGGCUAGCUGUAUGUACAUUUGUAGCUAUAUUUGCAUCCAGCCUUCCCACAUUUAAUGCCAAACAAACACUUACCAAUCAACGGAUUUAAGUUGCUCCCGUGUCACAAGAUGCGAAAGUCCCGAUCGUUCGGUCUGCACAUUUUACCGGCGAUGCUAAGGCAGACAUGGCACAGAUAUGUAUAGAUAUCCUGCAGAUGCAUUUCCAACGAUAAAGUCAACGAAAUCACAAAGGCGAGUUUUGUUGAUGUUAUUGACUUAUGUGCUAAUCAGACAUAUUUGGUCGCGGCAUGACUGCCAGCUAAUCGAUGCUAACAUGCUAUUUAGGCUAGCUGUAUGUACAUUUGUAGCUAUAUUUGCAUCCAGCGUUUCCCUCCACCCACAUUUAAUGCCAAACAAACACUUACCAAUCGACUGAUUUAAGUUGCUCCAGUGUCACAAGAUGCGAAAAGUCCUGAUCGUUUGGUCUGCACAUUUUACCGGCGAUGCUAAGGCAUACAUGGCCGAAUAGCGUCAAUAGCUAUUCGCUCAAUAGCUUCAGUUUCUUCUUCAAUUUCGUUUUCGCUGUCUGCCUCCAUACUACAACCAUCCGUUUCAAUGCGUUAUCUGUUGAAUCGCUUAAGCUGCUGAAAUCCAAGUCUGACUCCGAGCUAAUGUCGCUAUAUCUUGCUGUUCUAUCUGCCAUGUUGUUUGUAUUGGCGUCACUGGAUGACGUCCAAGGAAAAUGGGCGGUGGCUUCACAGAUAGUGAAAAUCAGGCACUUUAAAGCCUUUUUUCGGGAUAUUCCAAGAUGGGUAAAAUUUAGAAAAAAAACUUUGAAAAAUAAAAUAAGCCACUGGGAACUGAUUUUUAUUGGUUUUAACCCUUCUGAAAUUGUGAUAAUGUUCCCCUUUAAGAUGUGGAGCAAAGCCUUAAAGGGGUCUUUUGAUUUUUUUUUCUACAUGUAAAUUCCUUCCUUCUGGUCUACAUAAUGUAUGAUCUUUGGUGAAAAUCUUGCACAGACUAUGUUUUACACACCGUCUUCAGGCUGCUUUCUGACUGUUUUGUGGGCGAGCUUAUUUACGAGCCUCCACUUCGACAGCAUCUUCUCCCCGCCAUCUUUGUUGUAGUUUUUAGCGCUUCCACUGCAAGGCUAAUGACAACUAUAAGUUAGAACUGCACGCUACUUUACAUUAGAAAUAGCAACAGCAGAGGACGCAUGUGCAAGUACGAGCCAGUCUGCCCCAUAUGAAGGGGAUAGCAAAAGACAAGGAUUUUAUUGACAAUAACGUCGGACUACAAUGGCGCACUCGCACACAUCUCUUCGCGUAAAUUUUUACCAUAUAUUGAUAAUCCGCUGAUGUCACUGAUGGCAAAAACGUCACCAAAUGGGGCAAAUUUUUACUCAUUUUCUGGAGUUAUGGAGGAAAUUGAUUUCACAUUUUCAGGACUUAUGCAGAUUCCAAAUAGACAAAAACAGAUACCAACUGGUAAGAACAGUUGUUUUUGCAUAAAAAGACCCCUCAGCUGCCCUCCAGGAUGCUGUGGGUGAAUAUAUUGUCCAUAUGAGGUUAUUUCUUUAUGAUGUCAUAAAAAGCAGCGACUUUCAAAGCGGGUGAUUGAGCGCCUAUUCUUUGAAGGAGAUUAUAUAUUUUUUAAUCCUUUUAAGAUGUGACAAAAAUUCAUCUUUUCAAUGUCAAUUGUGGUUGAACGUAAAAUUUGGAUGGCAAAGAAGGCAAUUGUGCACCAACAUGAAGAACAAUUUUUGUUUACUUACAUUUUUUAUUUUUUAAAUUUAAAUCAUGAUUUUUUUUAAUAUAAUUUUAGUUUUUGCCUUGUCAUCUUUUGUAAAACACCUAGAAACCUCAUAUGUACAAAUUAUGUGUCAUGUUUGUCACUGACAGUUUAGUUAUGUUUUGGUUUUUCCUCUGUUUGUUUUUAUUUCCUGUCAGCCCUCUUAUUUUGGUUCAGUUUCCUGCUUUUCUCCCUGAGCGCUGUUUCCCCUCAAGUGCGGCUGAUUGGCACCUGGCCACACCAGGUGUCAAUCACGGCUGCUAUUUAUACCUGUCUUGCCCUCCAGUGUAGACUGGAAUAUUGGCAUUGUAGCUAAUAUCUAUAAGCUGUAUCGUGUAUCUGUUUGCAGAUUACUGUCUUUUUGUUCCUUGUUUCCUAUUUGCUGAUUCCUGUUCCUGGUUUGUGUUUUUUGAUUUUUGGACACUGAAUUAUUUUUUCCCGCACCAAGCCUGCCGUCUCUGCAUCUUGAGGUUCGUCACCACCACCACCACC